AUGCUAACCGGACGCCAUUUCCGCUUACCCUCGGACUCUCAACUCCCGCUCCCAAUCUGCGACGACUAUCAGCCAGAUGCUUAUGUCUUAGAGUUGCAGGAAACCUUGAGGACCACGCACAAUCUAGCGCGAACUCACCUAGAGUCAGCUUAUACACGACAGAAAGCCUAUUUCGACCAACACGUCAGCGGCGCACCUUACGGUCCAGGCGACCUGGUACUGCGCUACCGUCCGACACCACCGGUGGGGACUUCGGCAAAGUUCUUCCAUCCGUGGGAGGGUCCCUUCGUCGUCCUUGACUUCUUUCUCCCUUCGACUUAUACCAUACGUGACGCGCAGUCGGCCGGAGGCCCCGUACUCACCGUCCACUACGAUAAGCUGAAACCUUAUAGAGGCCGGCUACCCAACGCGACCGCCGACACCCUUCCCAUCCUUCCCCCUCACCUGGUCCCUCAACCCUCCGAUGAGGUGGAAGUCACCAGCAGCCCCUUCCAGGCAGCGCCUCUGAGGACAGAGCCACCUCUUGAGAGGGGGGGCGUGAAGAGGACGUACUGACUAUGUUGUUUUAAUGUGCCCUUGCUAUGAUCUUCCUGUACAAUUUGACUGAUUGAAGUUCUGAACGGUUUUGUUUUAGUGACCGCCGUCGAAGAGUGUGAGGGGGCCCGUCGAGAGACCGCCCGUAAAGUGGAGGACGAAGAGAAGACGGAACGGGAGUAAAUUUCCUCUGUUGAUAUAUUCCCUUUAAUAAACUUUAUCCACCGUCGAUCCAUUCUAUCCGUGCACGCUUGCCCUUGCAGACGAUGGACUUAAUUCACUCUGAUUCCCAGGGUUCCCGCCAAGGAGGCACUCGUUCGGAUAAGAACACCAAGGAAGUCAGCACGGACUGUCGCCUAGAAGGAGAAGAAGACAAGAACAUACCCUUGGGUGGCUCGAGUAUUACAGUAUGUCUUAUAUGCUGUCAUUAUUUGUUCACGCAUAAUUUGCAAUUAACACUUGAUUUUCUGAUUGCUGCUACAUGUGCUGCACAGUUAAAUGAGCGUUUUCAAUCAAGACUGCUUGUUUUUAGAGGCACACUUUCAUAGCGGAAGUUUCAGCGGUUAAAGCAAGUUAAGGUUUAAAAAACUCAAACCUGAUCUAUUUUUUCUAAAAUGGCUGCGGAACAUGUUACGCAUUUGAUUAUUCGGCGAGUUUUCUCUAAACUAGAGAGGUUGUAACACCCUAGGUCCAACAUAGAAGUAUUUUCCUAAAAGGAAAAGUAGCUGUUGGUAAUUUGACGGCGAGUAACAAUUUUAUUUUAACCUCUUUCAGUUACUUAAGGCAAUGUCGGCUGGGAGAAUCAUUCUGUCUCUAGGAAAAGCUAAUGAUUUACAAAAAUUUUUGUUUUAUUUUUUAACAUCUACGCAGCGAAAACAGACGUUCUCGUCUGAAAACAACCAUUUCGAUGUCGUUAUUUAGAGACCUGUCGGUUCUUCUAAAACACCAAACGGAACAUCAUAUACGUUUACUGGCUAAAAACGUUUCCAUAUAUAAUUUGCCGAUUAAAGCCCCACUCUAGUUGACUUAAUGUGUACGCAGAAAAAAAAGACAGAAUGUAUAUGAAAUAUUCUAAGCUAUUAAAGAACUUUAACUUCAGUACUUUGACCAAAAUCCAAGGGCGUUGGGGUUUGCCUUAGCCUAAAGAGGUCUGGGACAGAUCCAAAUAACAAGUGAAUCCUGCAUGCUGCGAAUGUCGAUUAAAAACGUUUGCGUAGUUUGCCUGUAAAACCACAUAAUUACGUUUACCUACUAGACGUCUUGAGACGCAUUUUUGUUUUAGGGGAGGGCACUUAAAAAUUUAAAGUCGGUCUCUCGUCUCGUUGACACAAGCACUGCUUGACGAAGAUGCACGGAUGGCCACACGGUCUAAACACACGUCGAAAACAGUGUCUUCCGAUUCACUGUAGUGCGUCUCGACAUGCCUGUUUCUUUUCCUCACACAACUAUACAUCACGCUCGACCGCAGAGCGACAUCACGCGGCCUAUAAACCGGCAACUCGACCAUUGAUUUCGAUGAUGUCCACCGUAUGCCCCACAGACUGCAUUGUGGGAGCAGGGACGGUGACUUACGCAGGGGUUUAUAGUGCCAGUAGACUUGCGUAGCAUCUACCUACACUCUCUCCUCCUCCCCCGCCUAAGUCCGCAGUCAAGACAGAGUCAAGAAGACCGGAGACGGGGGAGACCGCAGGUGGAUGCCUUGGACGGAUCCUCGCCUUGGCGCUCCACUCCGCACCCCCUGGUCCACACACAACUGACCAGGAUUUUGACCACAAAACAAUGGGGUGGUGGCAGUGGUCCAGUUGCGCGGCGAAUGCCGACAACAGGGUCCGCCAGCGCACCCCGCACAUGUUGGCAUUUGUUAUUGCGCACAUAUAGCGCCUGCCAGGAUCCGAUGUGGCCCCCGUGUUGGUCCAACGCAUCUAACACGUGGCCCGUUUGGAGGGCACGCCUAUAAACCACGAGGAUAAGUGGCACAUGGUAUCGGACAAGGCCCUGUUUCCUUCGUUAAUUCUAUUUGACAGAGGAUUGAGUCCACCACUGUAAGCAUGUUGAAAGCUUUGAAAUCGGCUGUGAUGAAUGAGGCGCCCGCCCUGCGUCAGCUCUUAUGGCGACAGUUUGUGAAACAGCUUGUUGUUUACCAGAGACAUCGGACCAAACAACUUUUAGGGCCUGUUCCGCAGUGUUGCACCAGGCAUUGCUAUCUUUUUGCGGGCUCGUUCAGUCAGCCAGAUGUGGUUAUGUAGCCCCACCUAACUAACCCGAGCCACCUGUGAUACGGGACCGGUAGGGAUUGGGUUUUUGGAGUGGGGCCGGGGAACGCACGGGCCAUGAGGUCAUGAAGUUGUAUGCAAAAGAAAGGCUAUUGGGAAUGCGCGGUUGUACUUUGAGUGGUUGAGAAAUACCUGACCUUACCCCCAACUCUAACUCAAACCCUAACCCUUCACCAUAACCCCUGCAUCUAACCCCUAGCCAUAUACCCCUUAACCCUAACCCUUAACUCCCUUGCCCUAUCCCUUUAACCCUAACCUGAAUCCUACCCUUAUUCCUUAACUGAAGCCCUAAGCCCUAAUUCCUAAACAUAACUCCUAACCCCGACCCCAACAGUAUUGUGUCCAUCAGGUGGGGCUAUAUAACCACAUCUUACCGUUCAGUCACAACCUGUUAAACCAACUUUGCACCGUUCUCUCCUACGAACUCGCAGCAUCUGAUCUUAUCUUGGUCAAUCCUCUGGAGGUACUUAGAAAGUUUAGUAGGACAAUUUUGAGGGAGCAUUCAGAUCGUUUCCCUGCUAUGUUGAAAUAAACCCAUUUCGCCCACAACAUGUUUGCAGGAAAGUUCGUGUGAGACACAUUUCGGUAAUAGGUAACCAUCGAGAUACCGAAUCAGCACAUACAUUAGAUACGUUAUCUCAUUAAAUGUUAACCGAAGUGCUGAAAUGCGUAUUCGACUCGAAAGUAGAGUUGUAAAACUAACCGCCAUCCGGCAUGAUUCCAAGGUAUUUCAGUCACAUGAGUAUGCCAGUUUUUUAACAAGCUUCUUUUGAACAGUCUGUAAAGGAAAAGGAUUAGUUAGGUAGCAUGAAUCGCUCCAACUAACUCCCGAUACACCUAUUGCUUCAAACAUGUUCUAGAGGAAACACACCCAAAAUCCUAUUCACUUUACACCUUGGAUAUCAGAUUACGCUUUCUUUGAAUUUUUAUACUUAACGGAACAGUAAAAUUUGGUAUUCAAAGACUUUCGAUUCCCUAAUCAGUUUGAACCCGACCUACAGUCACACCGGCAUCCAGGGUUUCCAUAUUACAAGCGGUAUGCCUUACGUGUAAGGAGAACAGUGCAUUCCCAAUCGUUAUUAAAAUGCCGCGGCAGAUUUGAACCCUGCUGGAUAUUUUGAGAAAAUAAUACCGUAGGUAGGCUAACUCAGGAAACGUCAACCGCACUUCCGAAAUGCGAUUUCGUUUCCAAAUGAGUAAUUAAGUAGGGUUAUAAAACUAAUCAUCAUGCACUGCGAUUCCGUAAUAAUUCGGUUACCUCGGGAUGCCUGAUUUCGAACGAAAUUAUCGGCUGCAUGCGAAAACCAUGCUCUGAAAAAAACGAUCGCCUAUGUCGCCUGCACUCUUCUCAUUGAUUUUCGAUGCCCGUAAAUAUUCAAUUAUAUUUCAUGGAAAAUGACGUCUUCUUUCAAUUUUAUACUCAAACAAACGGUUUAGUUCGGUUUUAAAAAACUUUUCCAAUUCCCGAAUGAUUUUGAAUCAGACCUGCCGUUACACUUUGCAUUCUGGGUUUCCAAACUACAAACCGUAUAUUUUCUGCGUACGGAAAACCAUACAUUUCUCUACAGUAUUAAGGGGGAUCAUAUGGGAUUCAUAAAAUUCAGCAGUGGAUUUGAGCCAUAUUGCUAAUUUCACAAGCCCCAUUGAUAAAUGCAGAGACAUAACGUUUUAUGAACGGCCAUUUCACGGUUUUAAAAACUCCCACAAUUAUAAACUUUUAAAAACCGAAUUAUACCCUUUCUUCAAGCAUAAAAUCAGAAGUAAACGUCAUCUUUUACCACAUGACCAGGAAAAUGAAUAUUUUUAUGCACGUUUCCAAUGAAAUAUAAUUGAAUAUUUAAUUGUAUCGAAAAUCAAUGAGAAAAAUGCAUGCUACACUAGUAGUCAUUUUUUACAUAGUUUUUGUUUGCAGCCGGAAAGCAGAUUGUUUGAAGGACGACAUCAUGAGGUAACUGAAUUAUUAUAGAAUUACGCUGCAUGGUGAUUAGUUUUAGAACCGUAUUUAAUUAAUCUUUUUGAAAUGAAGACGCAUUUCGGAAUUUCGGGUUGAUAUUUCAUGAGUUAAUCCACCUACUGUAAGUGCAGAUAUAGGAUGCGACAUGAAUGGGCACAACACGGCGUUAAAGAUCUCAUAAUUGGAAACUUAUUUAUGCCAGAAGAUACUUUAUCUUCAAACAUAACAUCUAAAGAAGACUCGAUUUGUCACCAAAAGAGUGAAAAUUAAUAUUUUGUGCAUAUUUUUAUAAAAUAUGCUUGAACUUAUAAAGGCAUCGAAAAUCAAUCGGAAGAAUUCGCACUACUUAAGUGACCAUUUACGCGACAUAUGGCUUUGCAAACAGUACCAAAGGAGCUCAUUCAGAAGAUGACAUCCUAAUGUGGCUAAUAAAUGAGUGGAUUAUGCUCCAUGGCAAUUAUUAUAACAAUACUAUAUAAGCAACCUUUUCCAGUCAAAAACGCACAUCUACUUUACGUAGGGGCCUCUCAACGGGCAAGGGUCCCACAUCGUCGGGUCCAAAAUAUCGUCGAAUGUCUUCCGGUGCCCUCAUCUGGGCAAAAAAUUCUGGCCGGCAAAAUUGCAGAUUUUUUCUUAAAUCGAAACAAAUUAUUAACCAUACUAAACACCUCUUAACAGACUCAUCUUCCAAGAUAAGCGCCGACACUGAAAGUGAAAAUUUCCCUUUUAAAUCUUUGCUCGCUCUACGCGAUUAUUUCUCAAUCAACUGAGUGCUUUUGCAAGAAACUCUGUGUUUUCCUGCAAAAGGCAGGAUUCACAAGCGUUCACGUUUAUUUUGCUCUCAAUAUAGUGAGCUGAAAAGCAGGUCUGGCUUCCAGGCAUAAACACACAUCACAAGAGUACCCGCAAAAUAGGCAACAAAGGAGUCAUACAUUGUUUUCCAGAGGGCUAUUUUUACGUUUUAUUUUUAGCGCAUGCAUAAUUGAUAACACGAAGGCUUACGACGCAAACCCUUCGCCAUAUCUUGCAAUACUGAUAGAAUAAGCCCGCAGGUCAUCUAUAAUGACGUAUCAAUGCUCAGACAUAUUAAAGUAAAGCAAAACUGACCAAAACAACGGCCUACAGUGUUUGUUUACACUGCCCAGAGCAUGCUUUGUGACAGACAGUAGCCGUGGAAGAGGCAAUUAACUCCAGCACUAUGGUGCCAUGUUCGGACAGGCCAGAAAAUCGGGACGAGUCUGCAUUUGUGGGAAAACAUGUCUGGUAGCAUUAAGUGGUCAAGAACCAAAAAUGACCUAGUCUAGUUUUGAAAAUUCGAUACAGGCCUCAGGUGUCAAUUCAUAGCCGCCUCAAGAUGCGACGAUACUUACUGGUAGACUGGAUUUUUUACUUGGUUCACCAUUCACUACGUGACGUCUCUUUUAGCGGGAGGUCCGGAAAGGACGACGAUUUCAGUAUAAACCACAUUUUCAGGCAGUUUCUGGGCUGCCACAGAGCCCAUGAACCAUAGCGACGGCAACCUGGUCAGUCACACAUCGCCUGUGUGCAAAAGAACUACAAACACACAGAGCUCGAUGCCCCUACGGCCUAAAGUAGCUUAAGUGAACAGUAACAUGUGACUCAAUGCAAAAUGAGUGCUCGCUAGCGCCGGAUGUCCCUGAAAUACUGGGCCUUCUAUCUUUCUCUCGCUUUCCACGACAUAGGAGUAGUAGUGGUAUUGAUGAUGAUGAUGAUGAUGAUGAUGAUGAUGAUGAUGAUGAUGAUGAUGAUGAUGAUGAUGAUGAUGAUGAUGAUGAUGAUGAUGAUGAUGAUGAUGAUGAUGAUGAUGAUGAUGAUGAUGAUGAUGAUGAUGAUGAUGAUGAUGACCGUGGUGGUGGCCGUAGUAGUAGUAGUAGUGAUGGCGGCAAUACUGGUUCGAACAAGUGUAAUGCCUGUACAAGCAACGAUGCGAGUUCCAGGAACUCACUGAUCAGAAGAAGAAAAAGCGGUCGCUGGAACAAGUGCUUUAUUUGCCUAACCUUUCAGAUUCUCACUUGA